AUGAUAGGUUAUAAAGGAACAACACCACAUACAUCUUUUCGACAAUUUACGUCAGAGAAACUCACUAAGAGAGAGUUCAAAGUUUGGACCAGAUGUGGUAUACCAGCUUUUGUUUAUGAAAUGAUAUUACAUUAUGGUACAUCGAAAACUGUAUCUAAUGGAUUAGUUUUAUCUGAUUUAUCUUCAAAACCUAUUACAUGUCGAUCAACAACAACAACAACAGCAAUGAAUAAUACGAAAUCACUUGACACAGCACGUGAAACACUUCUAAAACAAUUUGGUUUUUUAGUAUUAGCUGUAUUAGAUUUGGUUAAAGAUGCUCCUGCUGGCUCUUCAAUAUUUAUUGAUAACUACUUUGCAUCUUGUAAAUUAAUUAAAACAUUAGCUCAACUUGGUUAUGGAGUAACCUGUACAUUACGAUCUAAUCAAUUGCAGAAAUGUCCAAUAUCAACAGAAAAACAAUUUGCAAAGAAGAAGAGGGGUUAUUACGAAUAUUUUAUAUCGGACAAUAAUACCUGCAUUGUGAUUAUUAUGAAUUGUCGUCGUCGUCGUCGUGAUAGUAACAGUUAUAAUUCAACAAGUCACGGAUCAUUUAGAUUAUUCCAUUUUAAAUCCAAAAUAGCUAAAUUUCUAUUAAGAAAACCAAAGAUUCAACUAUUAUCAACAACGCCUGAUAAUCCAACAGCAAAUGAUUCACAUCACGAUGAAGAAAAUGAACCGCCACCAAAAAAUCUAUGA